AUGUUUCAACGUUAUCGUGAAGUGAGCCGAGUCACGGCAGAAGGAGAGCGACACUCCGGCGCUGGUGUUUUGAAACUGGCUCACGCCGAAGCAGCACCACGGUCAAGCGAUGCAGUUGAGGCAAGCGUCGCAGGCGAGAUGCAAUGGCAGCAUGGAUGCAGCCAGACGGGCAGAGGAGCGGACAGUCAGCAAUACAGGACUUGUGUUUGCUUUGUUUUGUUUGGGGUAUGGGUGUGGGUGUGCGAGGAUGAGCUAGAUUGUAGCUAG